AUGAACGAGUUUGAUGAAGAUCAAGCACAUGCGGUGGCAGAAGCGUUCAAGGAUGAUGAUGUUAUUGGUGAUUUUGAAGAAGAAAAAGAAUUCAUCGAAGAAGGUGAGCGACCCAAGGAUGUUGAUCUCACACUGCAAGGCUGGGGAUGUUGGGUAGGACCGGGUAUGACCGAAAGGAAGCGAAGGAAACAGUUUAUCAUCAAAGCGAAGCAGAAAAGGCGAAAAGAUAAAAAUCGCCCAGGAGUGAUCAUUAAAGAAACGCAGGAAAAUAAAGUGAUUAUUUUCGAAAACCGGCAAAGAAUGUGUUUCGAAAAUCGAUCAAGAAUAUGUGUUUCUCGAAUGUUUUUUCAGACCAUUGGCAAACUGCAGCCGAACAACCUGCCCUUCCCCUACACAAGUGUCACUGAUUUCGAAGCGGUGGUUUCGCAACCAAUCGGUAAGGAAUGGAAUCCUGUCAGUGUUACUAUGGAUCUCUGCAAACCGGCUGUGGUUACCCAGGUGAGGAGUACUUGA